AUGUACAUGUACUUGCGAGUCGCAAGUUGCGACGCAGCCCCGGGUGAGAGGCAAAUUUGUAUCGCAUCUGGUGCUCAUGUCCCGGAUCAAGCCAUCGCAUCGCGGGCAAAACGCCACCUAUGGAAGCAGCAUUCGCUGGCCACCAGCCUCCGCUAUCGCACACGUGACAUGAGUGCGAUCUACGGUCACCGUUCUACACCCGCAACUCCGAGCCACUCCAGUACAGCACUGGCCUGAGGCGGGCCAAGGUCGGACGGGUCCAACUGAUACCCUCCGACUUCAGUGAGAGCGCGUGGCAGCGAAAACGGCAAUUCAAGCAGACAACUAGCAAAACUCGGAUCUCUGCUUCAUUCGAGCACGACCGCCAACCGAAUGCCAACAAAGCGAUGCUCGAAGUUCGCAAUCAAAGUUGACAGCUCCGCAUUUCAAGGAGACGGAUUUAUUGGCAACCUGGUUGGUGACCGCUUAUCCGCCAGUCACAAAAACACAUGACGCACACUUUUUGUGGCGCAAUCGGGCGCACGUAAUCGACGGGCGAAGAUAAUAAUGGGUCCAAAUACCCAUUAAAUAAGUGCUUUUCGUGUUUGGGUCGAUUUGCUGUUUGAUCAGUCUUUCUCGUUCGGAGACGGUCUUCACGAUCACGAUACUGCCGAGGUUGUAUCAAGCUUGAUGACGAAAUGCGCAAUAUUACCGUGAUACAAGCACAUAAUCGCUGGCUGCUUGUUACCUGCAAUGCGUGGGGUCUAACUUGAUCCUGGAUGGAUUACGGGAAGGUACGUGUAAACAACACACAGCCUAAAUUUCUGCGAGCCUAAUAGCUGUUGCUUCGAAAUCCUCUGGCAUGUUGUGUCAUCGAUGGGUAUCUCGGUAGGAAUUGUAGCUUUCUAGCGCUCGACCGCCAAUAUUGCUCAGAAAAUGAAGGCAGCACAAUUGUGUAACUGAAGUAUUUCACUAAAUAUAGUAGUGUGGUGAAGUCCUGGGGAAAAUUCUGUAUGGA